AUGACUAGGAGGAGCACAGAAGUAUUUCUACAUACAACCGAAGCGAGCCACGAUCCGACUCCGGUAUCGACCGCAGCGAACUGCGACAACGGGUUCGGCAACACGAUCAACGUGAUGCGCAUUGUCACCCAAUGCGACCGCGCGGGCUUAGCAGGGAUCCAGGCCGCCGUGGAAGCGCGGACGGAUCCCGACUUCGUGGUCAUCGCCCGCACGGAGGCGUUCAUUGCUGGGCGGACAAAGCGCGAAGCCCUGGAGCGCGCGCGGGCGUACGCAGACGCGGGCGCCGACGCCGUGCUCGUGCAUUCCAAGUCGGACUCGUUCGAGGAGUUGAGGGAGUUUGCGGCGGCGUGGGACCGCUCGUCGUCUUGUGUUCUCGUUGCGGUUCCGACGACCUAUGAGGGUAUCUCGGCGGGUGAGCUGUUUGAUUCCGGGUUCAAGGUGGUUAUAUUCGCGAACCAGGCGCUUCGAGCUGCGGUGAGGGCUAUGCAGGAUGCGAUGGUGGUUCUUCGGAGGGAGAUGCGUCGUUGUCGGAGAUUUAUGGGCUUGUUGGGGUUAAAGAGCUGA